AUGCGGUCCAUGGGAGAGGUAAAAUUCACAAGAGUGCUCGUCGUUGGCGCAGGUCCCGUUGGCCUACUCACAGCUUUGAUGCUCGCCCAAGGCGGAAUCGACGUCGAUGUCAUAGAUUCCGCCACGCAGAUCGACCCACGUCCACGGGGUAUUGCUUAUGGACCUCCCGCAGUCAGAGUCUUGCGCCGUGCCGGAGUCCUGGAUAAAGCUUUCAAGAGAGGGUUGGAAGGCAAAAAAAUGAUCUGGAGGGAGCUCAAUGGAAACAAGAUCACCGAAGUCGAUUUUACCAAGGAUCCGACGUUCACUGACCGAUCCCUCAUCCUGCCCGUCCACAUCCUAGCCGGCUUGUUGUACGAAGAACUUGGCAAACUGGACAACGCCAAAGUCCACUGGGGCUGUAAAUACGUUGGCCACGGUCAAGAUGACAGUCAUGUCCUGGUUGAAGCUGAACGCGAUGGUCAGACCGAGACGUUCGAUGUGGACUUCAUGGUUGGGUGUGACGGUGGUCAGAGCGCCGUAAGGAGAGCGCUGUUCAAGGACUCGUUCCCCGGCAAGACGUGGGAUGUGCAAAUUGUGGCAAUGAAUAUCCGUUACGAUGGUUUCGAAAAGGCCGGAUGGUCCGAUACGCAAUGGAUUGUCGAUCGCGAGCACUGGGGUAUGGCCUGCAAGAUUGACAAUACGGGCUUGUGGCGUUUCGGCUACGGUGAACGUCGUGCACUCGGCGAAAAUGAUCUCAUGGAGGGCCGCGCUGCGAAAAUGGAACGGCUCUUGCCGGGGUCACCAAAAGAAGGCGAGUAUGAGGUGCUCAGGUGGAGUCCCUUCGUGAUGAAUAAUCGAUGCGUGGAGAAAAUGCACGUUGGGCGCGUCCUCCUUGCUGGAGACGCGGCCCAUUUGUGCAACCCAAUGGGUGGCCUUGGUCUGACUGGAGGCAUUUCGGACGUUGGGAGCCUCGUAGAUGCUCUGCGGGGCAUUCACGAAGAAAAGGCUAGUUUGAAAAUCCUGGAGAUCUACGAUCAGACGAGGAGAGAAAUAUUCAACAAGUUCAUCGAUCCUAUCUCCUCAGCCAACCUGGAGCGGAUAUGGAUUGAUGGAUCAACAGCUUUGGAGAAAGACCCUACGCUACAAUACAUGCACGCGGCUGCUCAAGAUCCGGCCAGGCUGGGUCAUCUCCUCCGUGUAAGUUUUCAGGUCGAUCCGCUACGGAGACGGUCGAUGUUCUGA